GGAGGUUACACGAGGGGGCGGACAAAGAAUGCGAAAGGACUCGAAAGGUCGCAACUGGAGGUUGCGACUGACCGUUACAACAUCACGGAUAGUAACCGAAGCGGCAAUCGAGUCGCUGUGCGACUCGAUAAACCGUUCCUUACAAGGGUUCAACUGCCUCAACUUCCGCUGCACUACUCCAAGUCUCAAGUCUCUACAGCUGGGACUUAGUCUCUGCAAAAGAUCCUAAGGGCUUUUCUCAGCCCAACAUGUACAAGGGUUCAACUGCCUCAACUUCCGCUGCACUACUCCAAGUCUCAAGUCUCUACAGCUGGGACUUAGUCUCUGCAAAAGAUCCUAAGGGCUUUUCUCAGCCCAACACCAAGCAUGGAUGUGGAUAAG